CCGUGAUUGCUGAGGGGGGUCUGUGGGGGCCGUGCCAAGAUGGCGGCCGGGCGGGGCACAGGGAGCGGUGUUGGGACCAGAACCGGUACCGGCACCGGCGCGGCGGGGCUGGGGUCCCACGCACUUUGGCCUCUCCUGCUCGGCCCUGGGGGAGGCGGGCAGCUCCGGCAUCCUGCGCCUCACUGGGAUGCAGUUGCGUGGCAGCGCGGCAGCAGAUGGAUACUUGUGGAGAAGGGAAACUGCCAGGGAUGAGAAGAUCGCUGUUGAAGCAGGGCACACUGCAAACAUGACAUGCUUUUUCAUGCUUGAAGCUGGAUAAAUCUCCCUGCCUCAGCAGGUGGAAAGUGAAACCCAGGCCUGGAGCAAUUCUGAUGGUUUCUGUGGUUAUCCCCAGGCAGUGCUCUCCACUCCUCAGAAACUCACAGCACUUCUGGGCUUUGCUCUCGUGGUUUUGGUGAUCUCAGUACCACGUUUUAUGCUGAAGUGUAAAAGAGCCCUGGGGCAGCUCAGAAUCCUGCUCAGGUCCAAGAGCCCUGGGGCAGCUCAGAAUCCUUCUCCACGGUCAUUGCUGGCAUUUCUUGUCUGGACAGUUUGGUUUUACUUGAUGCCUUGUGCUCAGAUGCCAUUCCUUACUCCUGCUCUUGCUGAGGACACUCAGUGGGUUGGGGCUGGGCCCUGCUUGGAGCAGAGAAGGAUGGGAUUGCAAGGAGCUUCCUUCCAAACUGGGAAAACACAAGGACCCUGAUGAGACAGGCACUGAGACUGUGCCCAGUGCCUGGCAGUCUGCCUUUGUCACAGCUCCAGGGGCACCGUCUGCUCCUGCAGCCCCUCCUUCUCUGCCUGUCUCCUGCCCCUGGGAUCUGUAUUUUCUGAAAAUAAAUGGAAUUUCACCCUUCAAAAGUUUGCUUCAAAGUGACAGAGGAAAAGCUUAAUAAAAAAUGCCAAGAUCACAGUUUCUUUGCCUCCUAAAAUAUAUGACAGAUCCAGUAUCUGCAUUAUUAACUAUGAGUGUGAGCGUGUUUUCUUUUUAGGGGCUUUCUAAUUUACCUGGGGUCUUUUCCUUGUGCUGCACAAGCACAUGGCAGCAGCUCUCUGGGACCAGCAGUUAUUUAUUGUCUUGGCUAAAGAUGCCCUCUCACUGCCAAAAUAACUGUGUGACUGCUCCUCUCUUGGCAAACAUUGUAUUCUAACAAAAGCCUCAGUGUUUUGCAGAAAAAUCCCUUUGCAAAGGACAUUUAUUGUUCUGGUUUGAACUGGAGCAAUCCUCAGGCUGAGCAGAGACAAGCAAAAUUUCUCCAACAACUCCACUGUCCUCACUUGCCAUUGGCAGUCCAAGAUAAGGCUGCAAAAUGUCAGUAAAAUCUUCCAGGAACUGAUUUAGCAGAAAUAAUUUUUUAAAAAGCAGAUUUUGAUGGAGGUGGCAUUUCAUGCAGCAGAUCGCUUUGGUUUAUAGGUAAGAGCUAGUGGAACAGAGUGUGUGAUCGCUUAGUGUUAGAAAAAACCUCAAAAACAGCAUGUUUGGCAAAAGUGACAAAUUAGCUGCAAUAACUGAAGUAUCAAAGACAGUUACUGAUGGGGUAAUUUGGGUUAUUUAAGUCUGGUCUGGGAAAAUGAGGAUUAGGAAGAGGCAUAAUUAAAAUAUGCAAAGCCGAAGGGGACUAGAGAAUAGAUAUUAAGUCACUUCAAAUUAGUAAUUCAUGAGAGGGUGGAAGGGAGAGAAAUGGAUGAAAUGAUGCUCUGAAAGGGCCCUGAUAUUCCAUUGUUGCAGAGAGAAAAGCUAUUCAGAGCCCGAGUACAUCUUCUGUGCACACAGGAAUUGGAGGGGAGAAGGAUUGAAGGGAGCUGAUCCUGCGGGGUUCCCUCACGUCUGCAGGAAUAUGUUUUUGUAGGGGCAUCAGGAGUGUUCCGAGCUCUGUUUUCUGUACACUGACAGCAGGGCUCCAGGAGCUCGACCAGGAGAGUCCUUAGCACCUCAGUGUAGGAUUGUGAGACGCAGAGUCUUUCCCCACUGUGUUCCCUGGUGUGCUGAAAAUUAAUUCCAGCAGGGUGGGGUUUACCCUCUAACCAGACAGCAGAGACCAUUUCAGCAAGAUGUUUUUGUUCCUCAGCAUCAGAAGUCAGGUGCAAAGCUCCUGAAGGCACUGUUUUGUCUACCAAUAGAAAGGAGUUUUGUCAUGGAAUCAAAGAGCCACCAGGGACACGAGUUUGAGUUUAGCCUUAAAUCCUUACUCCCUGGAAGUUCAGAGUUGAUUUCCAGGUGAGUUCCAUGCCAAAAUAGGAGCUUUGCAUCAGGAGGAGGGCUGACAUCUCAGUGCCUUUAUGGGAUGUCAGGCUCCAGAAGGAGCAAAAGCUGCUCAGGAGGCAGCCCGGAGCCAUUCCACAGAGCGGGAACCUACAGCGCUGCCACUGUGAUGUCAGGAGCCCACUGGGGUGUCACCGAAACGUUGGCAAGUCCCCGCAGCGCCAGCAGGACACUGCCACCCCUGCAGUCAGAGCUCCUGAAUGCCUCCUGCUGGCAUUCCAGCAACACCUUCUCCUCCAGGAGCUCUCAGUGAGCGCCUGCAAGCCAGCCGGGGUUUUAUCUGGCGUUUGGGCUCUGCUGAUCUGCAACUUCUAGCGCAGAUCUGCAGAAAUGAUCCGGCAAAUCGCUGCCACAGCGUGUGAUUUUCUGUCUGCCACAUCUGCCAUCUAUUUUUAUCCAGACAAACCCUGGCUGGUGAUAGCUCAUCUGAGGAAUCUGAUCACCCAGUUAUCCAGACGUAGAUACAUGGCAGUCCAUCCUUUGGCCAGAACACUGCCACGAGGACCUCGACCUCUUUCCCUUCCUGCACAAGAGGAUAAUGAGGAGGUGGACAGGGAAUUUGCAGCUGUUGCCUCAGCAGAAGCAAUCCACACGAGCUCUCUGCUGGGAGCUGAAGAUGCGGAUGAUGAGACGUUUCUCAUGUCUGACACCCUCAGCAGAAGCACACGCACUCUGGACAAACCCAGGGUCUGGCUGCAGAAGGAAUGCCAGCUGACAGCAGAGCUGCUGGAGCAGCUGAGGGGCAUUGUGAGCGAGGGAGACCCUAAGACCAAAUACACUGAAUUUGUUCACAUUGGCCAAGGGGGUUUCGGGACUGUUUACAAAGCCAUCAACCCAGCCACAGGAGAUGUGGUGGCCCUAAAGAAGAUGCCUCUCCGCAAACGGAGCAGAAAUGAACUCGUUGUCAAUGAGAUUCAGGUCAUGAAGGAAAACAGACAUCCCAAUAUUGUCAAUUACAUAGACAGCUACCUGGUGAAUGAAGACCUGUGGCUCGUGAUGGAAUAUGUGGAUGGAGGCACUUUAACCAGCGUUCUUGUCCAAGUCUUUAUGGAGGAAAGAAUAAUAGCUGCUAUCAGCAGGGAGUGCCUCAAAGCCCUGGAUUUCCUUCAUUCAAAGAACGUGAUCCAUAGAGAUGUCAAAAGUGACAAUAUUCUUCUUGGGAUGGACGGAUCUGUGAAACUGACUGAUUUUGGCCUGUGUGCUCAGCUGACCCAGGAGCGGAGCACACGGUGCACAGUGCUUGGCACUCCUUACUGGGUAGCACCAGAAAUCCUGAAAAGAAAGGAAUAUAACACCCAAGUGGACGUCUGGGCCCUUGGGAUCGUGGCCAUUGAAAUGCUGGAGGGGGAGCCUCCGUACUUUAAAGAAAGCCCUAUCCAGGCUCAGCGCCUGAUCGCCCGGAACAGGCACCCCCCUCUGAAGAUGUCCAGCAAGAUGUCAUAUCUGUUCCACGCCUUCCUGCACUCCUGCCUGGACAGCGACCCCAGCACGCGCUGGACAGCCAGGGAGCUGCUGCAGCAUCCAUUUUUACAAACAGCCGUGAGUCUCUCUGUCCUGCCUGACAUGAUCUGUAUAGCCAGGAAAAUCUGUCAGGCCAUGGAAGCACUUCAUGCCAGCAGUGCCAGCCUAGAGGAAAAGAAGGAAUAAAAUUUUCACUCCUUUGGGAGAUUUGCUCCCUUCUCACCCAA